CUUGGCAGGCACGCUCCUCAGCAGCAACAUCUGGGAGAGGCGGAGGGGAGAGAAAUCCAACCCAAAGCCAAAACACCCCCCCACCCUCCAGGUAGAGAAAUAUGACGGCCUUGCAGCUGAAAGAGUUGUCACAGUCAGGUCUUUAUAGGAGGAGACGGGAUCGCCCUGAUAGCGUGGGACUGCCUGGGUCACACGAAGGGAAGCUGAGCAACAUGGCAAACGCACUUGCAAAUGCCAUCUGUGAGCACUGCAAGGGUGGUUUUGCCCCUGCCGAGAAAAUUGUCAACAGCAACGGUGAGCUGUACCAUGAGCAGUGCUUCGUCUGUGCCCAGUGCUUUCAGCAGUUUCCUGACGGGCUCUUCUAUGAGUUUGAAGGGAGGAAGUACUGUGAACAUGACUUUCAAAUGCUUUUUGCCCCAUGCUGCCAUCAGUGUGGCGAGUUCAUUAUUGGUCGUGUUAUUAAAGCCAUGAACAAUAGCUGGCAUCCUGAGUGCUUCUGCUGUGAUAUUUGCCAACAAGUAUUGGCUGAUAUUGGAUUUGUCAAGAAUGCUGGCAGACAUCUCUGCCGUCCUUGCCACAACAGGGAAAAAGCCAGAGGCCUAGGAAAGUACAUUUGCCAGAAGUGCCAUGCCAUUAUUGAUGAACAGCCUCUCAUAUUCAAAAAUGAUCCUUACCAUCCUGAUCAUUUCAACUGUGCAAACUGCGGGAAGGAACUUACUGCUGAUGCUCGUGAGUUGAAGGGAGAAUUAUACUGCUUGCCUUGCCAUGACAAAAUGGGUGUUCCUAUCUGUGGGGCAUGCAGAAGACCAAUUGAAGGCCGUGUGGUGAAUGCUAUGGGGAAACAGUGGCAUGUGGAGCAUUUUGUUUGUGCAAAAUGUGAAAAGCCAUUCCUGGGUCAUCGUCAUUAUGAAAGAAAAGGCUUGGCUUAUUGUGAAACCCACUACAAUCAGCUAUUUGGUGAUGUAUGCUUCCAUUGCAAUCGUGUGAUUGAAGGAGAUGUUGUGUCUGCUUUGAAUAAAGCAUGGUGUGUGAACUGCUUCGCUUGUUCAACCUGCAACACUAAGUUAACACUCAAGAACAAAUUUGUUGAGUUUGAUAUGAAGCCUGUCUGCAAAAAGUGUUAUGAGAAGUUUCCUCUGGAGCUGAAGAAAAGACUGAAGAAACUAGCUGAAACUUUGGGAAGGAAGUAAAGACUUCAUCUUCUCUCCACUACCUUUGUGAAAAUCUUACUUAUAUUACUUGGCUGUGGUUUUAUGAUGCAUGCCAUGUCUCAAAUUGAAGUAUCUGAAGAUUCUCAGUUCUCUAUACCUGUAUGCUUAAUUUUUGGUAACUAGACCAUACUUCCAAAUUAAACUAAACACCAGGUCCCCUGAAAGAUUUCACCGAUAAUGCAGUUGAGCCUGUGCAGGUGACUCAUUCUGCACUCAUCUCUGUUGAGUUUUACAGAGAGGAAAUGUGCUUGUGAAUGCCUGUGAAAGCAAACUGGGCAAAUGUGUUCAGCUAUAGGGGCAUGCAUUGUCAUUUAUAGUAAUGAAACUGUUAACCUUCAUGUUAAGCAUGCAUGCGAAAUUUAGCCUAGUCAAGUGAAAUGGGGGAAAAAAAAGCAACAUACUUUGCCUCAUGGGAAAAAUUCAUGCUUGGAUUUCCUGCCAAUUCAUCUCAUUAAGGAGCCUUGUUUUCCAUAGUUCGAAGAGUUUCAGAUAUCUAGAGUCACUGCAGAAAUGAUCUCCUUCCGAUAGAUUAUGCUUACGUGAUGAAUCAUUGUACAUCAGGAUUAGCAUCAAAUACCUACAUAGAAUCAUAGAAUAGUUUAAGUUGGAAGGGACCUCAAAGAUCAUCAGUUCCAACCCCCUGCCAUAGGCAGGGAUGCCUCCCACUAGAACAGGUUUCUCAAGGCUUCAUCCAACAUGGCCUUGAACACCUCCAGGGAGGGAGUAUCCACAGCCUCCCUGGGAAACCUGUUCCAGUGUCUCACCACCUUCACUGUAAAGAACUUCUUCCUAACAUCUAGUCUGAAUCUCCCCUCUUCCAGUUUAAACCCAUUACCUGUCAUUACAAGACCUUGUAAAUAGUUCCCCCCCAGCCUUCCUGUAGGCCCCCUUCAGAUACUGGAAGGCUACUAUAAGGUCUCAUCAAAGCCUCUUCUCCAGGCUGAAGAGCCCCAACUCUUGUAGCCUGUCCUCAAUGGAGAGUUGCUCCAGCCCUCUGAUCUUCGUGGCCCUCCUCUGGACUUGCUCCAACAGUUUGAUGUCCUUCUUGUGUUGGGGGCUCCAGAACUACAUAAAGUAUGUAUUCCUGCUGCAAGAAAUGAGCAUACUCAAGAACUACUUGAAUUUUGCUAUAUAACACAUUAACUUUUAUAUAUGCUUUUGCAAUCUAUUUACUUUUUGUGCCUUACUCUGCCAAACCAUACAUAACAGUGUUCCAUUAUAUAUAUAUAUAUAUAUAUAGUUUUAUUUUUUAUUUCAUAUUUUAUGCAGAAACUAAAUACAAUACUUAACAUACUUGCCUUAAUUAUAAAGGAUGCAAGAAGUGUUUUGUCUCAAACGUGAACACCUGAGCUUAAAAUUUAUCUUCUAGACUUCCUUAGUUUUCAGAAUACUGAAAAUGAGUACUUCAGUUAACUAGCAAUAUUGCUUUUACACCUAUGAGUGUAAAUGGACAAGGUUUGAUCCUGCUAGGAUCUAUUUCUUGAGCCAUCCACAAGAACUGAGCUCACAAAUUAUCUGAAUUCCUUAUAUAUUUAGUUUUUUUAUACUAUUGACUUCUCUCCAUGCAAAUCUGGGUGUAUUUUUUCCUUUCUUAUAGAAAAUACAGUUACUUAGAACUUUUUGAUGGUACUAUAUGACAAUGUAUGCAAACCUUUUUUUAAUUAUUUUUUAUAUUAGUGACUUAAACUUUAUGUAAUUACAUGAUAGGAAGUAAAACUUUUUUUCUGUUUCUGAAAGAUCAUUGCUUUGAAGUGUCUGCUUUCCAGUGUCAUCAAUAAAGGCUAUUUAAACCUCUUA